AUGACUGAGGAGAAAGAAGUGAAGGUACAAAUCAACGAGUUUCACAAACUAGUUGAAGAUCUUAAGUCGGAGAAAAUCAUUUUACCGGAGCAGUUCGUGGCUUAUAUAUUGAUUGAAAAGCUACUAGAAUCUUGGAAUGACUACAAACAAAAUUUGAAGCACAAACAAAAGCUAUUAUCUCUUGAAGAUUUGGUGAAACACAUCAUCAUUGAGGAUACCAACCGAAAGCAAUCAUAUUUUGCCAAAGCAAAAGAAAUCGCUACAAAAGCCAAUUUUGUGAAGACAUUAAGCGACCAUGCAGUUCAAUGUAGAAACAGAGCAGGGAAAAAUGACAAUCCUGGUAAGCCAAGAGUAAAUCUGGCUGAAGCAGAUGAUAUCAUAGUGGCGGUCAUUUCUCAAGCUAACCUUGUGGCCAAUGUGAGUGACUGGGUGAUAGAUUCAGUCAAUGAAGGAGAAGAAGUUGUGUAUCUUGGUGAUUCUUCAACCACUCAAGUCCUUGGAAAAGGAAAAGUUCUUCUCAAACUCACAUCUGAAAAAACCUUGGCAUUGACUGAAGUGCUGCAUGUUCCUAGUAUCCGAACCAAUCUGGUUUUCGUUGGAUUAUUAGGAAAGGUAGGGGUGAAAGUUGCAUUUAAAUCUGGUAAGGUAGUGAUAACCAAGAAUAAUGUGUUUGUUGGUAAAAGAUAUUGUAAUCAUGGCUUAUUUGUUCUCAAUGUUUCUCAAGUCAUGAGUGAAGAUGCUAGUACUUAA